AUGGGCUCCAAGACUUUGGAAGAUGAGGAUCCCGGAAGGCAAGACCCCCCGCCUUUCCAUGGAUCCAACGCCUCUGGCGGUGAGCCCCGAGGCAACCACAUCUCUCGCGAUGGUGACGGAUGCCUGGGAAGUGACGGAGGCGAGGAUGGCGGCGAUGAGGAUGACGAGGCAGGAACCGCCGCUGCCGCCGCCCCGCUAACCCCUACUGCCGCCUCGGACAACAAGAACAAGAAGAAACGCAAGCGGCCCAAGAAGAAGAACAAGUCCGCCGCCUCCAAGCAGUCCUGGCCGCCUCGUAUCCCGCUAGACGAACUGGUUCCAUCUGGACAUUUCCAGCCGGGCCAGCUCGUCAAGUACGAUGCGCCUACAGGUACGACGCUGCGAGUCCAAGCCGAGGAGCUGCGCCGGGAAGAGCGGCCCAACUUGGAAGAUGCCGCGUUUCUCAGCAACUAUCGCAAGUCGGCAGAGAUCCACCGUCAAGUCAGGCACUGGGUGCAAGAAACGGUCAAGCCGGGCCACGCGCUGACCGAGAUCGCCGUUGGCAUCGAAGACGCUGUCAGGGCACUUUUGGGAAACCAGGGUCUGGAGCCUGGCGCUUCUCUUCAGUCUGGUCUGGGAUUCCCGACUGGUCUCUCGCUAAACAACUGUGUUGCUCACUUUACCCCCAAUCCUGGGCAAAAAGACACAGUUCUUCAGUACGACGAUGUUAUCAAGGUUGACUUUGGCGUGCACAUCAACGGCUGGAUCGUUGACAGCGCCUUUACCAUGGCAUUUAAUCCGACCUACGAUAAUCUCUUGGCCGCCGUCAAGGACGCCACGAACACCAGCAUCCAGACUGCAGGUAUAGACGUGCGCAUUUGUGACGUCAGCGCUGCCAUUCAGGAGACCAUGGAGAGCUACGAAGUCGAGAUUCGUGGCAAAGUCUACCCUGUGAAACCGGUUCGAAAUCUUUGCGGACAUGACAUCAAGCACUACCACAUUCACGGCGAAAAGACGAUCCCGUUCACCAAGCACUCGGAUGAGACCAAGAUGGAAGAGGGUGAGGUCUUUGCCAUCGAAACGUUUGGAUCAACUGGCCGUGGCUACACCCGAGAAGAGGGUGGCAUUUACGGGUAUGGGUUGAAUGAGGACGCUCCGUCGCGCGUUAACCUUCCUAUUACCUCUGCCAACCGUGUGUUGAGGACAGUCAAGGAGAACUUCGGUACACUUGUCUUUGCGCGGCGAUACAUGGACCGCCUUGGGGUCGAUCGCUACGUCGCUGGACUGAACUGCCUAGUAGCAAAUGGCAUAUUGGACGCAUAUGCUCCACUAGUCGACAUUGCAGGAUCUUACUCAGCCCAAUUCGAGCAUGCACAGACGAUUUUGCUUCGGGAAUCGUACAAGGAGGUUAUUAGUCGUGGGGACGACUACUAG